UGUUUGAAGGUUUGAUCGAUAAAUUUUACACUAAUUUACUUUGAAUUUACUAUAAGUUUUUAUUUGAUAUGCUGAUGCUGUAGCAGACUAAUGGAUACCACAUUCAAAUUAGCUAAUUUUAAAAUAAAUGAAGAAAAUCUACGGAAAGAAGCGAAGAAGAUUAUUAGACAGAAAAGUGCAUUGAAACGUACCACACAUCUAUUUAUGCACGAAACAUGCCUCACCGAAAUUCCGAAACCGAAAAGUCCAACACACGUAAUUUUCGCAUAUUAUCACGACAACCACAUAAUUAAAAUUGAGAACCUCGAUUUGAUGUACAAUCUCACCCAUUUGCAUUUACAAUGGAACAAGAUUACCAAAAUCGAAGGGCUGGAAAAACUUUACAACUUGAAGAAGUUGUAUUUGGGGAAUAAUCGAAUUAGCGUGGUGGAGAACCUGGGGGCACUGAAGUAUUUGGAAGAGCUUCACAUUGAGAAGCAAAACUUGGAUAAUGCUGACGCCCUGUGUUUUGAUCCCCGCUCUAUGAUGGGUCUUGCGCCGUCACUGAGGAUUCUAAAUGUAUCUGAGAACAAGAUCUCCGAAAUGUCCUGGGCCAAGCCUUUGAGGCGACUCGAGGUCCUGAUAGCCAAGAAGAAUAAGCUGCAAGAUUUCAAAGGAAUAGCAGAUGACAUGUGCACGCUGAUCUCCUUGGUCGAAGCCAACUUUAUCGGGAACCCAAUGACUAAGAUGCAUCGGUACAAAGAGACUAUCAUCGCCCGAUGCGCUCAAUUACGUAUAUUAGACACCAUAACGAUCCACAACACUUCAAAGACGUUCCUCGAAGGUUUCGACAAAGCCGUCCGUUUGCGACAGCUACAUGAGAAGAACAAAUUAGGGCUGACCAGACAUGGCGUCGAGGAGUUUUUUGAUAUCAACAUGAUACGAGGGCCUAAAGUCACCACAGCACUGAGCAUGCCUACCGUGCAGGCGGAACCACCAUCUGAGAGACCGAAGGUGACGGCUAUUGACUCUUCUUACACGUUCCUGCAACGAACAAUGUCUCGUCAAAUGUCUCUUCAAGAUGCACCCCGCAAACAGCCGUCUUCUUCCCUUCCGCCUAUGGAGCCUCCACCGCCACCAAAACAACCCAUCUUGAACUCGGAUACGCCUCCCAUUAAAGGGAUCUUGAAAAAACCAAUGCCAAUGAAAUAUAAAUACAUUUUUGUGUCGAAAGUGAAUAAUUUAGUAAUCAUGAGUGAAAGAAUUCAGGAAGCUCUAGAUGUGUUACACACGGAAACGUCGGAAUUAUAUUUGGGAAGUGAGAUAGCAGAAAUAGAGAGUGACUGUGUAGAUCCUUUAGAUUUUUACCGAGAAUAUGUGGCGAAGAAUAUACCAGUUAUCAUAAAAGGCGCGUGCGCUGACUGGCCAGCUACAAAAAAAUGGAAUUCAAAAUAUUUUAGGGAAACUAUACCGAACAAGAAAGUGACCGUAGCCGUAACACCCAACGGGUUAGCAGACGGUAUCACCAUGAACGCAGAUGGUGUGGAGUACUUUGUGAUGCCGCAUGAAGUUGAUAUGACAAUGGCAGAGUUCUUAGAUCAUUUAGACAAUAAAAAAGCAGACUACAUCCCAUACAUCCAGCGCCAGAACUCCAACCUGACCACGGAGUUAACGGAGCUGCUGGACGACGUGGAGCCGCAUGUAGGGUUCGCCAGCCAGGCCUUCGACAAGGAUCCCGACGCCGUCAACUUCUGGAUGGGCGAUGAGAGGGCUGUCACUUCUAUGCACAAAGACCCUUAUGAAAACAUAUACUGCGUAAUCGACGGGUACAAAGACUUCGUACUGAUCCCUCCGACGGAUCUCCCAUAUGUGCCGUACAAGAGAUACCCGCAAGCAGAGUUCAGAAGAGAAGGAGAUGAGUGGGAGACGGUACCGGUGAGGAGAGAGAGUGGGGAAGAUGUUGAUGAUACACUGCCCUGGAUUUGUAUAGAUCCUCUCAAACCGGACUACGCUCGGUACCCGACCUUCCGCAAAGCCCAUCAGUACCACAUUCGAGUGCACCGCGGCUCCUGCCUGUACCUCCCCAGUCUGUGGUUCCACCACGUGCGCCAGAGUCACGGCUGCGUCGCCGUCAACUACUGGUACGACAUGGACUUCGAUGUCAAGUACGCCUACUUCAGGAUGCUCGAGAAACUCUGCCAAAAGUACUGAGGUCUUGUGCCAUUAUAAACUGCAGGGCAAGAAGUCAAAUAUCGACUAGCAAAGAGGGAUUUCUUGUCACAGGUAAGCUAAAACAUAACAUAACAAAACAACAAAGCAUCACGCCUGUAUCCCUGUAAGGCAGAAGUAUAUAGUAUAUACACCCUCUCCUCGACAGCUACUUAAGCUAAAGGUUUAUAGCUCGUAAGAAUUGAAUCGGCAAUUUAUCAAAAAUAACUUGUAUGCAGUAACUAGAAAAGCAAAGCAAAGCAAUGGAGUAGAUUGCACAGGACCGGAAAGUAUGGCGUGAAAGAGAGAAGGCCUAUAUCCAGUAGUGGAUAGAUACAGGCAUAGUAGGUAAACAGAUGCAGUAACUUAGGAAUGGUAAGGAUAAAAUUACAGCCUAUCACAUAAAUACCUAUAUAUUGUCGGUAAAGUUGCUAUGGAAUUUGAGAAGCAGUAAGCUAUCGUAGUUAUGUUUGCACGAGUAGUAAAAGAGAGUACUUACGGUGGAUACGACGACGGCGGUUCUAUAUAUUCCAACUUCUAUAGCCGUCUUUCGAAUAAAAACACUUUUGCACUGGUUAGUUGCUUAAUUAUUCAUUUAGAAGGUUCACAACCAUAAAAUAAUGGAUGUUGUAAGAAAUUAAAAUACAGUAAACACAAACUACGGCGAGCAGCAACGACCGGGCGGGCGGACAGUGCGCUUAUUUGGCGCGCAAUUAGCACCAAUAGGUGGCGCGCUUAUUUUACUUGCUAUACUUCUCUUCUAUUCCGUGGGUAAAACGUAACUUUUUGGCAGACGGGUGGGGUUCUAACACCAAAAAAAAAAGUAUAGACGAACUUUUAGCCGCUCUCCGAUCAUUAAUUUUCGCAGUUUAUCCUUUCGUAUUCGUACAGGUUUGAAC